AUGUUGUAUAAAUUCAGUACAAUGUUGUAUAAAUUCAGUACAAUGUCUCUCAAAUUUGAGUACGGCUGUACUUUUUCAGAACAAGUCUUGAACUUUUUCAGAACAAUGUUGUACUUUUUCAAGACAAUGUUGUACUUUUUCAAGACAAUGUUGUACUUUUUCAAGACAAUGUUGUAUAAAUUCAGUACAAUAUUGUACUUUUUCAGAACAAUGUUGUAUAAAUUCAGUACAAUGUUGUAUAAAUUCAGUACAAUGUCUCUCAAAUUUGAGUACGGCUGUACUUUUUCAGAACAAGUCUUGAACUUUUUCAGAACAAUGUUGUACUUUUUCAAGACAAUGUUGUACUUUUUCAAGACAAUGUUGUACUUUUUCAAGACAAUGUUGUACUUUUUCAAGACAAUAUUGUACUUUUUCAAGACAAUAUUAUAUUGUUUCAGAACAAAGACGGUUAAGACACAAACGAAUGUCCGACGUACCACCAACCGAGUCCAUUCCACAGCCAGAAGAACCGACAGCCCCAGCACCACAACAGACUUACUAAGACUAAACACUUACAUUUUUCAAGCUUGA